GUCCAGCUCGCCACGUGCGAGGGCCUCCCGAGCUGCAGCGACGCGUGUGUACCGCGGGACUGCGAGCUCGAGGACUGGAGCGGCUGGAAGGCCAUGGGCAGCUGCUCGGGGCUCUGCGAGCGCAAGCGCAGGGUCAACACCUCGAACAACGAGUGCGGAGCCCCCUGCGAGGGCGCCCUCUCGGAGACCUCCGCGCGCCCAGAGUGCCUGCAGAGCAGCUGCGCCGUGGAGGACCGGAACUGCACCUGGGACGCGUGGGAGGACUGGGCCCCGUGCGCGUCCAAAAGCGCGCAGAGCUUCCGCAGCCGGCGGGCGAAGACGGAGCAGAGCGGCAGGGGGGAGUCGUGCACAGGCGGGUGGAACGAGACGCGGCCCUGCGGCGGCCCCGAGCCCGUGGACUGCGUCCUGACGGCGAGUGGACCACCUGCAGCGCGAGCUGCGGCGGAGGCGUGGGGGGCUCAGCGGCCUCGCGGCCUCGCGGCCUGCGAGUUGUGCGGAGCCUGCGCCGCCGCGGAGGCCAUCGCGAUCCCGAGGAGGCGCAGCGUGGAGUUGCAGUGCCAGACUGAGGCCUGUGGAGGAGGAAGGCCCGACGCGGGCCCGAAGACGCUCGAGAGCUUCCCCCGCCGAGGCUCGAGGAGGCGGAGCUCGGCAUCGCCCUGCCGCCCACCAUCGCCGGACGUCGCUGCCUCCGGCGACUGGUCGCUGGCCGUCACGGCCAGCGUCCAGGUCAGCGCUGGAGGCUGGACCACCGGAGAGGGCGGCCGCGCUGGCCGGCCUUGGGCUGGCGCCGCGGCCGUCCAGGCCACCAUUGCUGGCGUCGUCGCCUCCCCGAUGCUCGCCCGACCAGCUCCAGUCGCGACGAGGGAGCUCCCCGAGGGGAGCAAGCUGAGCAGCGAGACGCGGACUGCGGUCGACGUUCUGGGGGAGCGCGAAGAUCUCACGGCCAGCCCGCCGACGGCCCCCGAGGAGGGCUUCGACAGCCAGUACAAGGUCGACGAGAGCAGCUACAUCGGUACGGGCAAGUUUGCGGUUGUGCAUCUCUGCUGGCGGCGGCAUAACCCGGAGCAGAGAUUCGCGCUGAAGGUGAUCAACACGCGAGUCGGCGACCAAGCGAGUAUGAACCGCAUUCGGGAGGAGAUCAGCAUAUUGCAGGUGCUCAGGGCCCAUCCAGGUCUCGUGAGCCUGGUCGACGUGGACGAGACCCUCCCUGGCAGCAUCCGCCUGGUGCUGGAGCUGUGCGAGGGGGGGGAGCUGUACGACAGGAUCCAGCAGAAGCAGUACUACCCCGAGCAGGAAGCGAAAGCUUGUUGCUACAACCUGCUCGACGCGAUCGCCUACAUCCACGGCAAGGGCGUCAUGCACAGGGAUCUGAAGCCCGAAAACAUAUUGCUGGCUAGCAAGGUCAGCAACACGGACGUCAAGAUCUCGGACUUCGGGCUGGCCAAGAUGUCGAGGGACUACCCCCGACGGCUGCCGCGGUCGCACUCCAUCUGCGGCUCCGACUUCUACCUCGCGCCCGAGGUGAUCAAGCAGGAGGAGUACGGCCGGGAGAUCGACAUCUGGGCCGUCCCGGCGGCGCGCAGCGGACCACCCCCCUGGCCCAUGGUCCGCUUCUGCCCGCCGCCGACCGUCGGCGUCAUCGCCUACGUGCUCCUCAGCGGCUCCCUGCCGUUCUUCCACAACGUGCUCCACAAGCUCUACCGGCAGAUCGUGGAGCGGGACCUGAGCUUCCCAGAGCAGGCCUGGAAGAACGUCUCCAAGGGCGCCCAGGACUUCAUCCUGCGGAUGCUGCAGGUGCGUCCAGGCGACAGGCUCACCGCCGACCAGGCGCUGAGCCACCCGUUCCUGAGGGGGACAAACGGAGGCACGAGCUUCAACAGCGUCGACAGCCACAAUCCCCUGGUUCGCGGCGGCAGCCAGCCCGGCGCAGGGGCCCCCGCGAACUACUUCAGCGCGGCCUACGGGAACGCGGCCGCGCCUCCCGCGGGCCCGCCGCAAGGCCCCGACGCCCAUCGCGGCUGGGCCCCGCCGACUUCGGCGCACCCCCUGGAGCACGCGCACAACGUGAACUCCAGGGGCAACCCCAGGCCGACAGAGCAGCCCUACCAGGGCCAGCCCCCGGGCUUUGCCAGGGAGUUCUCGGGCCCGCCCCCGGGCACCGGGCCGGCGCACGGCCGCGGCCCUCAGGAGGCCUACGGCCCCCCGCCGGGCCAGGGCUACGGCCGCCCGCCCCCGGGCGGGCCCGCGGUCCCGGCCGGCUACUACUAG